CAAUCUGCACAUCGGGCCGGUCUCAGGAGCUUCAUCCGCUACGGCUGGCGCUGGAGCUGGAGGGUGGCCGCUUUUGUGAUGAUAUUCAACACGGUGAGCACUGGUCUGUCUGUGUACCGCGAUAAAACCACCAUCGGUAACUUUGCUUCGGCAGGAGCCCUCACAGGAGCCCUCUUCAGAAUGCACUUGGGCCUGCAGGGACUGGCAGGCGGCUUCGUGUUUGGAGCGGUGUUUGGGAUCCCUGCGGGGGGCCUGUUGAUGGUAAUGCAGCAGCUUGCUGGUGAGACCUUGCAGGAGAAGAGAAAUCGCGAGCGCAGGGAGCAGUAUGAGCAGAAGUUGGCGGAGUGGCAAUCCAGGCUCAGCAUGACUGAAGUCUUAGGCCAGGCGGAAAGCAGCGCCCAGGGAGGACUGGAGAUGGAGCGAGCACGAGAAUCUGGGAGCUACUGA